AUGGCCUACGAAAGCACCAAGAACUGGAUCGAAGACGGGAUUUGGAAUCCUACAUGGGGCGAACUGCCCGGAACGACCUGGAUGCACGAGGACCUUCUUGAGGAACUGCAGCCUAAUGCAGUCAGCAACGAUGAACAAACACCCCGUCUUCCCAGCCCCAGGUUCAACUCGGAACCAACGCCUGACGUCUACAACGAUGAAGACCAACGGCAGCUGAAUGCCCGUACCAAGAAUGCCACUUUGCAAUUGCCGUCGACCGGGGCACUCAGCGAUACCGGACAACGACGUCUUACUGUCGAGGAUCAGCUACCGGCUGCAACUAAGGUGCCCGGAGAAGUGAGCGGAUAG